AUGGCCGACAUGAAGAGCGGCGUCUUCGCCAAGAACGUGCAGAAGCGGCUGAGCCGGGCGCAGGAGAAGGUACUACAGAAGCUAGGAAAAGCUGACGAAACGAAAGAUGAACAGUUUGAGGAGUAUGUUCAAAACUUCAAGAGGCAAGAGGCAGAAGGUUCCAGGCUUCAAAGAGAACUCCGGGGAUAUUUAGCUGCAGUCAAAGGCAUGCAAGAUGCUUCUAAGAAGCUUACAGAGUCCCUGCAUGAAGUCUAUGAGCCUGAGUGGUAUGGCCGGGAAGACGUGAAGACGGUUGGGGAGAAGUGUGAUGUGCUUUGGGAAGAUUUUCAUCAAAAGCUGGUGGAUGGAUCAUUGCUGACCUUGGAUACAUAUCUGGGACAGUUUCCUGAUAUUAAGAACCGCAUCGCAAAGCGGAGCAGAAAACUGGUUGACUACGACAGCGCAAGACAUCACUUGGAAGCUUUGCAGAGUUCAAAGAGAAAAGAUGAAGGCAGAAUUUCUAAGGCAGAAGAAGAGUUUCAGAAAGCACAGAAAGUAUUUGAAGAUUUUAAUACUGAUUUACAAGAAGAGCUGCCGUCUUUGUGGUCAAGACGAGUUGGCUUUUAUGUGAACACAUUCAAAAAUAUCUCCAGCCUUGAAGCCAAAUUUCACAAAGAAAUCACUUCGCUAUGCCACAAACUUUACGAGGUGAUGACCAAGUUGGGAGAACAGCAUGCUGACAAGGCCUUCACCAUUCUAGGAGCACCCAGUGAUUCAGGCCCACUCCGAAUUGCAAAAACUCCAUCUCCACCUGAAGAGGCCUCACCUCCACUUAGUCCUGAGGCCAGUCCUAACCACACGUUGGCACCAGCUUCUCCAGCACCAGCACGGCCUAAAUCUCCCUCACAGCUGAGGAAAGGACCUCCUGUCCCACCGUUGCCUAAACUCACUCCAACUAAAGAGCUACAACAGGAGAAUAUUAUCAGCUUGUUUGAUGACAACUUUGUUCCUGAAAUAAAUGUGACGACUCCGUCACAGAAUGAAGUUCCAGAAACUAAGAAAGAAGAGUCUUUGUUAGAUCUGGACUUUGAUCCAUUCAAGCCCGAUGCUGCAGCUACUGCACCAGCCCCUUCGCCAAUGUCACAGACGAUACCCUGGGAUCUAUGGACGACAAGCAGCGAAUUGGUGCAGCCGCCCGAUUCUUCAGAAAAUCUUUCCUUGUAUAACCUGGUCACAGAGAAAAACCCAGACAGUGGUUCAACAGAAGAUAUUAACAAACCCCAAACUGAUCCAGGUUUGCUCCACUGUGGCCUAGGUGGUAGUGCAGCCAGUGAGAGCCAGGAAAGAGAAGCAGAUGUCCCUAUGCCAUUUCCCGAGGCAGAACAAAUUGCAACUGAAUCUUUUGUUACGCUGGCUACUACUACUUGGUCUGCAGUUGGUGAGCAAGAGGAUGGUGCCUCUUGGAUGGCCUCCAUAGAUGAAAACCAAACUGCUUUUCUAGACACUUACUUGGACACAGGCCACGUUUUGGAUUUGGUGGAGGUGAACCAGCCUUUAAUGACUGAAGCUUUGGCCCAGUGUCCUGCAUUGGGAACAGAUAGCUUUUUGGAUGGAGCCCUGUGUAGUACGGAAAAGGCAGAAGAUGAGACAAGGAAAACAGAAGAAUCUUUGUGGGCAAAUGUGGAACCAUAUGAAAAGGCAUCCAGUGCUUUUAAUGGAUUCACACAGGAUACAUCCCUGUUCUCAAUGCAAUCAAAUCAGAAUGUGAUGAAUAACCUGGCUGAGGCAGAAGAGGCUCCAUCUUUAGAAGUCCAGGCUGAGGAAGUCCUCAGUGCCCCUGAGGUGGCUGUUUCUGCUCCUGAGCCAGAAGCUCAGCCUGUUGAGGCUGGUGAGCCACCCACUGAAGCUGUGGAUGCUGUAGAGGCAGGGGUGCAGGAGACAACGGAAUAUGCAGAGAAAGAGUGUGAGUUACAGAUGGAUUCUGUCGUGGAAAGCCCGGCUGUACCCGAGAGUGUCAGUAUGGCUCCCAUAAUUGAAGGCAGUGAAGUUGCUGUUGUCACUGAAACAGAAGAAGAAGUUGGUGGCCGUGACAAACCGGACACUGAAGGAAAAGAAGCAGAGGUGUCUCAGGAAAAUCUCAGCAACAUUCCUUCAGUGGUAAUAGAGCCGGCAUCCAACAACGAAGAAGAUCAUGAUGUUGUAGUGAACGAAUCAAAAGAUGCUAUGGAAGAUGUCAGUGCUCCGGGCAUGGAAGGCCUGGCUGGCGAACCUUCAGAGGCUGCAAGUGAGCCUACAGCCAUCAAGGGCGUCCCGUCAGCACCUUCUGAGGAACAGGCUGUAGCAACAGAAGACUGCAUGCCACCGGGCUUCCUCUUCAAGGUUGAAGCGCUACAUGAUUUUGAGGCAGCUAAUAAUGAUGAGCUGAACUUGACGAGUGGAGAUGUCAUAUUAGUAGUCCCAUCAACAGCAGCUGAUCAGGAGGCUGGCUGGUUAACGGGCAUUAAGGAAUCGGAAUGGCUUCAGUACAGAGAUGCAACUGCUUGUAAGGGACUCUUCCCCAAGAAUUUCACCCGUUGCUUGGACUAG